CCACGGUGUAGUUAUUGGAAUCUUGGACAAAAUGCGUGUGAUGUUGAUGCUAACCCUGCUGGCUGUGGCCCAUGCCGAAGAACCAAGCCAAGUGGAUGCACCCGAUGCGCUGGACUUUUCGUACGCUCGGCUGUGGCGUUACGCACAACAACAGUGCGGCACGAAAGGCAUCACGCCUACGGAGUUUACCCACUCCUGGCUUGGGGUGCGACGCUGUCUCAAGAACACGCUGGAUGUGGUGCAGUUGAACGAAGACUCGAUGCGACUAGACAUUGGCAAUGAGGAAGAAAUUCUAGGCCGCCACUGUCCGAAGCUAUACCAAGGUGUCAAGUGUUUCAACCCAUUCAUGGACAUGGUGAAGGGAUGCGUGAGCGAGGAAAGCUACGAGAUCUUCGAGGCGUUGCGCAGCUGGUUUCACGACAUUCUGGAGUAUCUGUGCGAAAACAAUGGCGCUAAUGUUGAAUACGAUAAGCAAAAGCAUGACACUUGCACACGUGAGAUCAAUAGGCACAUCAUUACUUGUGCGGCCGAGAACUUGAUCGCCACGCCGGAGGUUAAUCGCAAAACACUCUCCGAGGAGAACUGCAGUGCACUGGCCAUAGCGAAGGAUUGUCUGCUGAAGAAGCUAAAGGACUGUGGCGUCUUUGCCAACGGCGCACGGCUGUUCUACGAAAACUUCAUCCAAAUCACGUCGUGCAAAAAUUACAUCCCCAAAAUGGAACGAAAAUAAAGACUAGCUAGCGCCCUUGGA